GUGCUGCUCGCAGGCUGGUGGCUGCUCUUCGCUCGGCUGUUGUCCUGAUAUCACUCCGCUAGCAUGGAGGAGGGGAGCGCUUGAUUAUUGUGAUGGUGGCAGCUGCUGUACACAUUGGCGACUGUAGGAUUUCCUCUCCAGCCAUCGGUACUUUAAGAAACUGCACACCUUGUUCGCGCUCGGGGAGGGUUUCGCCGUCCAAACUAAUGAAAUGCAAGUUCACGAAACAACUCCGGAGCCUGAUCGCAGCAGACGGCAAAACUUUUUUCAAAAGGACAACACAAUAAAACGACGGUCUCGCAGCAGCGGUGCUUAUGCGUGAUGGUUGCGAGUAACAUCCGGAUGUUUGAUGGAGCUCCAGUAGAGGCGAGAGAGUAACAGACCCGGUCGCCUCUCUCGCUCCUCCACGGUCCCGCACUGUUGUCUAUUGAGUGGUUGACACGGCGACCCUCCUGGAGGAGGGAUUUACACUAAUUUAAACGCUUCUUUCUCCCCAAUUUCACUGUAUCUGCCUCCCUGGCGAAGCGGACUUCUGCCCCGCUUUGGAGAGGGGAGAGAGAGAGUCAGGGGGGCUUGACAAAGUUCUUCCCGAAUCACAGAUGAUGGGGGAUUUUGCCAGCCCCGCUGCCGUACCGACCGGCGGCGGCAUUUGCAUUAAUAACAGUAACGUGAACUUAAACUCUGCCAUUAAUGCAACCAACAGCAGCACCGGCGGCGGCGGUAACGUGGGCAUACCGAAGCACAGCACGGUGGUGGAGCGGCUCCGGCAGCGGAUCGAGGGCUGCCGGCGGCACCACGUCAACUGCGAGAGCCGAUACCAGCAAGCGCACGCCGAGCAACUGGAGCUGGAUCGCCGGGAGACGUUGAGUCUGUACCAGCGGAGUUUAGAGCAGCGGGCCAAAAAAUCCAGCAACAGCAAACAGCAGAGCAAGCAACAAGAGCCCGAUUCAACCGCGACCACCGAGCAGAGGAGCAGCACUCUGAUCGCGCUCCAGGAGACAGUAAAGAGGAAAUUGGACAGUGCCCGGUCUCCUUUAAAUGGUGACCAAAAUGGUCUCAGUGAUGGGAGUUACUCUCCCACUACAAAGAGACUCCGUAAGGAAGGAUGCACUGGAAUUGACUCUAUUGGUAGCCUCCCACCCAUUUCCCCACUUCAUACGAUGGACAUCAAACCCACCUUGCCCUCGGGCAACAACAGUGCCUCCUCAAACAACGGAACCGGCAACGGCAAUGCUGGUACAAACCAUAUUACUGGACGACCUGAGGAUUUAGGCAAAAAUGGUGGAAUGCCUGAUAUUAAACUGAAUGGUUCAUUGGAGUUGGAAGAUGGCUUUAGCCUACUAAAGGACAUGAAACAAGAGCCUUUGGACGAUGGUGGUGGAAUCGAUUCCUCGGAAACGUCACUUUCAAAUCAGAACAAGCUAUUCUCUGACAUCAAUCUGAAUGACCAGGAAUGGCAGGAACUUAUUGAUGAGCUGGCGAACACGGUGCCUGAGGAUGACAUGCACGACCUCUUCAACGAGGACUUUGAGGAGAAAAAGGAGGUGAGUGACUUCACACGGGCCACAACGGAACAAAUGCAGCUUGCACAAGACCCAGCACCUAACUCUGUAGCCACGGCACCCAACAGUACACCGCAACCGCAGAGUGGACAGAUGCCCAUGGGGUCACCUCAGGUGAGACCAUCUUCCUCUGGUCCCCCAUUUGCAACGGCUGCCAAUGGGACACCGCCCCAGCAACCCUUGCAGCAGUCACCAGCAGUUGGAAUGCCAUCAGGAUCGCCCGCUAACUGCGUGGCUCGUUCUCCGCAAACGCCCACCCAAGCGCAGACCCAGGCCUCAAGGCCCGGGAAUGGAUAUAUGAUGAAUGCAGGUCCUGCUGUUGGCCCCGUGGCAUCGACUCCAGUAACAGGAGGUGGUCCUGGAUCAGGGGGAACAGGUGGAGGUGUACCAGUCCCACCCUCCUCUGAACUUUCACCGGCUGAGCAGCUGAAGCAAAUGGCUGCCCAGCAGCAGCAACGUGCCAAACUUAUCCAACAAAAACACCAACAGCAGUCCCAGGGAGCAAACUGGUCACCUGCAGGAGCACCAACAAGCCCAUACAGUGGACCCUUUAACCCAGACAAACCAAAUAGCCCCAUGAUGUAUACACAGGCUUUUAAUGCUAGCAACACAAUGGGGCCAAAAACACCAAGCAUGAACAACUACCUCCCACAGAACCACAUGAACAUGCUCAACCAGCAACAGCAGCAGCAGCAACCUAAUAACUUGGUUGCCCAAAACAACCUCAAUAAGCAGCUCUCUUAUAGCAACACCAAGCCACUGACUCAUUUCAGUGGAGUAGACCACAUGAGUCAGCGGAUAACACCGCCCAUGGCCAAUCAAGCCAAAAACCAGAUGAUGCCCUACUUGCAGGGCACCGCAGGGCAAGGGGGUGGGCCACCACAAGCUCCAGGUCCAAUGCCCAACCAGUCAGCCCAUUUAAGUGAAGAACAGAAGAGGAUGAUGAUGAUGAAUAAAAAAAUGCUGAGUCAAGGCAUGCCAUAUGGCUCAAUACAGCAGCAUGUACAGGAAGGUGUGGUUGGACUGCCGCGACAGGCUGGUGGAGUCCAGCCACCUCAUGGAGGACCGGGGGGAGUGACCUCAGCAGGGCCUAACGGGGCAGGGCCCGGCAGUUAUAUGCCCAAUCCACAGCAGCAACAACAGGCAGCCAUGAUGAAGCAGAUGAUGGCUAUGGAGCAGGAAAAGAGGGUCCAGCUCCAUCUGAUGGAGCAGCAGAAAGCACAGCUUAUGAGAGAACAGAGACAACAGCAGCAGCAGCAGCAGCACAUGCUGGCAGAACAGUUACAACAGCAGCAGCAUCUCCCCAGACAGAUGAGUCAGGCACAGAGGAAUCCAUACCCGCUCCAGCAGUUUCAAGGCACGCCCCAGGAGAUGGCAGCAAGGAACCAGACACUGCAGAACAUGCGCAACGCUCGACUUCUGCAGCAGCAGCAACAACAGAACCCUGGGAUACUGCAGAUGACACCCGUCCAAAAUUCGGGUGCCAUGCCUUCGCAGGGUGACAUGAGCAUGGCCUAUGGAGGCCAGGCAGGUACACAGACCGGGAUGUACCAAGGUAUGAACCCAAACAUGGGCCAAAUGCUCCAGCAGCAACAGCAGCACCAUCCCAACCAGCCCGGCAUGUUGAUGGCGCAGAGACAAGGGGGCGCCGGCGGGCAAGGGAUGGUCGGCGGAGGCACUGGAGGCGGGUAUGGGCAGGGAAUGCUAAUGAAUCCGUCCCUCCCGCAGCAGCAAAUAAAAUCAGCCGGUGUUGCCCCUGGUGGGCAGCCGAUGGCCAAAGUUCAGAGACUGCAAAGCAUGAUGGGAGGCGGAGGCCAGACGUGGCAGCAGCAGCAAAACAUGCAGGCCAUGGGCGGAAGGACUUCAAACGACAUGGUGGCAUUUAACAGUAACCCUGCAUACGCCAUGCAAGGUGGCCAGGCUCCUAGAAUGGCCAAGCAACAUUUCGCACAAGCGAUGGGCGGACAGAAUAUGGUGGAUCCGCGUUCGAUAAACCCAGCGGCAAUGGGUGGGCCGAUGAUGCCGCACAUGGCAGGGCAACCAAGGACCAACCAACCGCGGGGUAUGGUGAUGCCAGGCAUGAACCAGGGUGUGCCCAACAUGGCUGCUUUCGGACAGGGCCCUGCUCAGGGCAUGCCGGGAACAUCGGGAGGGGGUGGGCCGUACAUGCCAGGGGGUCAGCCUCAGGGCUACCAGAGGACGUCCAGUCAGGACCUGGCAUACGGUUACAGCAGCCAAUCAGGGGCUGGGGCCGGGGUUUCGUUCGGCUUGUCAGAUGGGACAGAUUUGGAUUCAACGGAAGGUUGGAUGGAAGAGUUUUUCCCCAGCCAAUAGCCUAAGGGAUUUUUUAACAGGACAAUUUUAUGGAAAAUGUGAUUCGUUUUAUUGGGGGGGUGUUUUAUUACAUGGUCGACAAAUCUAAGAAAUAUAUUACAUGUUGUGUAUUACAUGUGUGUGCUGUCACAAUAUUUAAACCAAUUCCUCUCUGUUUGGGUUGCUUCUCAAGCAAGGAUCCGGUGUUCUGUGUGGUGUUUUUUUUUGAAGAAGAAGAAAUAAGCAUUUUGGAUUUGAUCCAUUUCUGUCUUUUUUCCUCUUAUAUCCUUUCUGCUGGAUUUAAGGGCAAGAGGCACUGAAAACCUGCAAAAUGACAUUGGGAAAGAUUUUAUGGAUGUUUUUAUGUAUUGUUUUUAGUUCACCCUUAUUCUGACAUCCUGUUCACGUAUGAAAGAGUGUGUGAAAAUAUGAGGUGGGCCUUUGUCAACAUUGGAUCCCUAUUCCCAAACCAAACAGUUCACCACACCUCUUUCUUCUCUUACAUAUCUUCUCUCUCUCCCUUUUUAGCUGCUCUUGACAUGUGUUCAUCCUCUGCAUUUUCUCUGCU